GGAAGUAAGGAAGAAGCGAAGGGUAUUGGAAAAUUUACACAGGAGAAGAGAGAGAGAGAGAGAAAGUAAUUUGCAAUCUAGUAAAGAUUAGCAGGGAAUGAAGAAUGGAGUGUAGUAGUCAUCCAUCGACUUUGUUAGUAGUCUGAGUCACAGUGUAAAAUAUUUGAUAGUUUGUAUUUAUCUGUUUUUGUGUUGCCCCAAUGCAUUUGCAUUUGGUGAUUGCAAUCGCAAAGCAUUUCCGAUCCAGAGGGAGAGAGGCUUUGUGAAUUGUGACAGCUGUAUCCACCAACGAAAAGAAAAGCAAACCGCAUACACGGAUAUAGAUUGCUGAUUCCCCGUUUGUUUGUCGCUGCAAGAUCUGACGCUGCACCCAGGGCUAGGGUUUUGGCUUCCCUCUCAUGGCGACCACUUCUUCCACUUCCAGCUGGCGCGAGGGGAUGUCCUCCGACAAUAUAAAAGGACUCAUCCUCGCUCUCUCCUCCAGCUUCUUCAUCGGUGCCAGCUUCAUUGUCAAGAAGAAGGGUUUGAAGAAAGCCGGUGCUAGUGGAGUCAGAGCCGGAAGUGGAGGCUAUUCGUACUUGUAUGAACCGCUUUGGUGGGUAGGAAUGGUAACAAUGAUUGUUGGAGAGAUUGCCAAUUUUGCAGCUUAUGCAUUUGCUCCAGCUAUAUUGGUCACCCCUCUUGGCGCUCUUAGCAUUAUUAUCAGUGCUGCUCUUGCUCAUAUUAUUUUACGGGAGAGGCUGCAUAUAUUUGGAAUUCUUGGUUGUGUUUUGUGUGUUGUGGGAUCUACAACCAUUGUUCUGCAUGCACCUCAAGAACGAGAAAUUGAAUCAGUGACAGAAGUGUGGGAUCUUGCUAUGGAGCCAGCAUUUCUUUUCUAUGCAGCUUUGGUUAUAACAGCUACCUUUGUCCUUAUCUUUCACUUUAUUCCUCUCUAUGGUCAGACACACAUAAUGGUUUAUAUCGGUGUUUGUUCCCUUGUUGGUUCUCUGACGGUUAUGAGUGUCAAGGCUCUUGGAAUUGCCAUAAAGUUAACACUGUCUGGGAUGAAUCAGCUAAUUUUCCCACAAACUUGGGCAUUCACUCUAGUCGUGACUGUUUGUGUUCUUACUCAAAUGAAUUAUUUAAAUAAGGCUCUGGAUACGUUUAAUACGGCUGUGGUAUCUCCCAUAUAUUAUGUUAUGUUCACAACAUUUACCAUUGUGGCUAGUGUUAUUAUGUUCAAGGACUGGGAUAGGCAAAGUCCAACACAAGUUAUUACAGAAAUAUGUGGGUUUGUGACCAUUCUUUCAGGAACCUUUCUUCUUCACAAAACUAAGGAUAUGGCUGAUGGCUUACUACAAUCAUCUCUAUCUAUUAGACUUCCUAAGCAUUCAGAAGAGGAUGGCUUUGAUGGUGGUGAAGGCAUUCCUCUUAGACGGCAAGAAUCCUUGAGAUCGACAUGAUAUAUUCUUUGCGUCAUAUCUUGCAUAACUAAAUGAGCUUGGGGCGCUGGGGAGGGAUUUUGCCAAGGUCGUCUGUAUUUUACUGAUUAUUUCCCUCCCCAUCAUAUUUUUUACCUGAUACAGUUGGAGUCGAAGGAUGAGAGUUUCCUAUCACUGUUCUUUUGGCCUCCUGAUGAUUAUGCUUUCUGAUCUUGCCUUGUAUACCUCUCUACACUCCAUACCGAAGACAAAGGCCAAUGUAAUUUUCUGCAAAUUGAUUAUAUAUAGUGUACCUCAGUUAAAUGAAAGUAUUCAUCAAAUUUUGAACUGGACAGCAAUGCAAUGUUAUUAUCAGUGUCUGCUGCCAUUUGAACUCGAGCUGCGCUUGUUGGAGCAAAUUACGGAAAUCAGGAUGUGUAGAUUCCAGGUCAAAUGCAUUGUUUAAUACAUGCCUAGGUGGAUUGUUUUUACUUUUAGUUGCUGUAUAGAUUCAGCACUACUCAUGUUGGCUUCCUUUUGGAAGAAUAUCGGGUAAAAAAUAUCUUAGCGUUCAUAAUGGCUUUUACCUUGUUGAUCAGGGAGUCAGUCUUGUUAUAACCUGGUACACUUUGGUGGGGUCGGUUCGGCAAAACUCGUAAAAUACUUGUUGCAUCUUAGUUUUAUUUUUUAUUUUUUGAAAUUUACUUGA